GUGUUAUUGGUCACAAGCAGACUUCUUACAUUCUAGUGAAGUUACGCGGCCGUGUCCCUGCGCUCAGCCCUGUAAUUGCACAAUCCCGCCUGUCACCUGCUCUUGGCCUAACAGUGGGCGUAUCCUCGGUCUCGCUUUCCCACCUCCCCCGGGCCGCAGUACCACAACGUUAGUGAAGUUUCCCUGGUGAACGCCAUGCGUUUCUCGGCCAACAUCUCGUGGCUGUUUCCGGAGGUGCCUGAUUUUCCGGGCCGUAUUAAAGCUGCGUCUCAAAGCGGCUUCCGAGCGGUUGAAGUGGCCUGGCCCUACGCUACGGACCGGACUCUUUUUAAGGCCGCCCUAAACACUCACCGUAUGAGCCUGGUCCUACUCAAUACCCCGCCAGGUAACAUAGAAGCUGGUGAACUUGGCCUUGCUGCUGUGCCUGGCAGGCAAGAUGAAUUCCGAACAGGCCUUAAUGAAGCCGUCAGCUGGGCCAGUGACUUAGGAUGUGACAGAAUUCAUAUCAUGGCAGGACGAGUGCCACUGGGUUUGGAACAUCAGUUUAUUGAGAAAGAGAUGGAGGAGACAUUUAUUGAAAACCUCCAGUAUGCAGCAGACAUCCUUGGCCAGGCUGGGAUGGUGGGAUUGCUGGAACCCAUAAACUCCCUUAUCACUGAACCUCGCUAUUUCCUGAACACACCUCAACACGUUUGCUAUUUCUUAGCUGCCUCAAUACUGCAAAAAGUGAAAAGACCAAAUUUAAAGCUUCAGAUGGACCUGUACCAUUGGCAGAUCAUGGGCGGUAACCUAACACAGAAUAUUAAGACUUAUUUUCCUUUGAUUGGUCAUGUACAGAUAGCACAAAUUCCUCAUCGAAAUGAGCCAGACAGCCCUGGAGAGCUGAACUUCAUGUAUCUAUUUGACCUACUUCAGGAUCUUGGAUACCAGGGAUAUGUAGGCUGUGAAUAUAAACCUCAGGGUGACACAGUGAAAGGACUUGGCUGGAUGGAAAAGUAUCUCAAGAAUUGUGAUGGUGAUGAAGACAAAACAAAAUAAAGUAUCCAGGAUUAAUUCCCAGAAGACAAAUGCAGCAGCAGAGCCAAACACCGUUGCAUUUUCAGCUGUGCUAAUGCCCAAUAGACACACACAUAUAAACUGUUUGUAAAAAUUUUGUACAUUUCAUUUUGUUCAUUUUGCUGUCCUAAAUCAUGAAUAAUAAUAAUAAUAAUAAUAAAAGUUCCACUGAUAAAAAAAACACUAAAUAUGAGAGUAUUUAGACCAGUUCUGCCCAAAUUUGCCACGCUACGGGCUAAUUAUCCUUUAUUCCACAUGUUUUGGGAGCCCAAUGAUUCUAAAACAAUGUUAUACUAAUAGGCCUAUGUAUAACCAUGCUGAAGUUCAUAAAUAUCACCUAGGGACCCAUAAUUGGUUUGUCAGAGUUAUUAUUUUCAUUUUUGGUUCUAUAAACUUGCUGUAAAUAUAGCUGUCUAAGAUUCAAUAAAUAUAUGCCUUACAGCA